AUGGAUCGCGUCGUUGAGCUCGUGGCGCUCUUGCAGCCGUACGCGGAGCUCGCUACGCCCCUGGACUUUCGCCUGUUGCAUGAGCGCGUCGAUAAUCUGUCUGCGUCGCUGGGCCUUGGCAGCGACCAGCUCUGCUACGUCCUGUGCCUCUUUGCCGCAUAUCCACUGGCAGCUGUCUACAAAGUGCUGCCCAGCGCCAGCCUCAAGCACGUGAUGGACAUUGUACUGGGCGUUUCCAUGGCGCAAUUCGUGCUCGGGUCGGGAUGGAUCCACUCGUUCAUCUCGAGCUCGAUCACGUUUUUGCUCGUCAAGUUUGGACCGCCGACACACGCGCCGGUGCUUGUGUUUGUCUUUAAUAUGCUGUACAUGUCGGCGUCGCAUAUCUACCGCUUGUACGUGGACUACAUGGGCUGGACACUCGACUUUACGGGGCCGCAGAUGCUUCUGGUGAUUAAACUGACGAGCUUUGCCUACAACUACUACGACGGCGUGGUGGACAAGACGUUCGAGAAGAAAGGCACGGAGCUAAGUAUUGGGGACAAGAAAGUGUACACUAGCCGUCAGAAACUCGCGAUCAACGAGAUUCCGAGCUUGCUGGAGUUCUAUGGUUACGUCUACAGCUUCACGACGUUCUUGGCUGGACCAGCGUUUGAGAUUCGAGAGUACUUGGACGUUACAAGUGGCAAAAAGUUCUUGGUGGACGGUCAGAUCAAGCAACCGUCUAGUGUGCUGGCCGCUUUCUCCAAGUUCUUGGUGGGGUCGCUGCUGAUGGCGGCAUUUGCCGUCUACGGGCCCAUGUACCCGCUGUCCAACUUGCAUGAUCCAAAGGUUGCGGCCCAGCCGCUGUUGUUCCAAAUCCGGGACUUGUACAUCACACUUAUGUUUUGCAAGGCCAAGUAUUAUUCUGCCUGGAAGAUUGCUGAGGGUGCGACAGUGCUUUGUGGCUUUGGGUUUGAGGGCUUCGACAAAGAUGGCUGCGGUCGUGGCUGGAACGGCGUGAGCAACAUGGACAUUUUUGGAUUUGAGUUCUCGCAGAGCAUUCGCGCAGCUUCUCGUGCCUGGAACAAGGGUACACAGAACUGGCUCGAGCGUUAUGUGUACACACGCACGGGCAACUCGCUCAUGGCCACGUACUUCAUCUCAGCCUUUUGGCACGGAUUUUACCCGGGCUACUACCUCUUCUUUAUGAGCUUGCCACUAGCUACCGCUGUGAACCGCCUAGCCUUUAAGCGCCUUCGUCCGCGUUUCAUUCAGGCUGAUGGAUCAUUCGGGGCCAAAAAGAAAGUUUACGACUUCUUGAGCUAUGUGGCGACACUGCUGGCUAUGCAUUACUUUGUGAUGCCUUUUCAGGCAAUGUCGUGGGAGCAUUCAUUGGCUUCGUUGAAGAACACCUACUUUGUUGGCCACAUUGCUGCAGUCGUGCUGUACAUCCUCUUCUCGACCAUUCCAGCACCAAAGCCGAAGAAGAAACUGGAGUAG